ACUGCAUUGAGAUUGCCGGGAACACCUUCCUCUGCGGUCCAGUUCUGAUCCUCUCUGAUUAUGAGAAUUUCUGAACAAUAAAUCCCUAAAACAAUGAGUGGUAACGAGUUCCGCUUCUUUCUUUCCUGCGAUAUCAAUCUCCCCGUCACCUUUCGCGUCGAGAGAUUGGAAGGUACUCUGCCGAACGCCAAAUCACCUCCCAAUUCAGGAAUUGAUUCAACUGUAGAGGAGAGGAAAGCAGAACUUUUUGUGGAGUGUGCGUUGUACAUUGAUGGUGCUCCUUUUGGCCUUCCUACAAGAACAAGUUUGGAAUCUGCAGGACCAUCGUAUUGUUGGAAUGAACGGAUCACCUUGAGUACUAAAUAUCGGGACUUAACUGCUCGCUCACAACUUGCUUUGACAGUUUGGGAUGUUUCACGUGGGAAAGACGAAGGGUUGAUUGGUGGGGCUACCAUCCUUUUAUUUAACAGCAAGAUGCAACUCAAAACAGGGAAACAGAAACUUAGGCUCUGGCUAGGAAAAGAAGCAGAUGGUUCAUUUCACACAACUACUCCUGGAAAGGUACCCAAGCAUGAGCGUGGGGAGUUGGAGCGUUUGGAAAAGCUUGUGAAUAAAUAUGAAAGGGGACAGAUUCAACAUGCUGAUUGGCUGGAUUGUCUUGCAUUCAAGGCCAUGGAGAGAAUUAAGGAAUGUGAAAGCUUAAGAAAUGGAAGCUCUAGCUUAUACUUAAUCAUAGAUUUCUGUGGUUUUGAACAUCGAGUUGUUUUCCAGGAGUCAGGGGCAAAUUUCUUAUUGCCAUCUCCAAUAGCCUCAUCAAAUGAACUUGUCAUUGUGUGGGACCCAGAACUGGGCAGGAUAAAUCCCUCUGAACACAAGCAACUAAAGUUGGCUAGGAGUUUAACUCGUGGUAUUAUUGACAGGGAUCUUAAGCCAAGCUCUAAUGAACGGAAGAUAAUCCAAAGAAUUUUAAAAUAUCCACCAACAAGGGCUUUGAGUGGAGAUGAGAGACAGCUGCUUUGGAAAUUUCGCUUCUCAUUGAUGUCUGAGAAGAGGGCACUAACAAAAUUUCUAAGAUGUGUUGAAUGGAGUGAUGUUCAGGAAGCAAAGCAGGCAAUCGAACUUAUGGGUAAGUGGGAAAUGAUUGAUGUCUGUGAUGCAUUGGAGCUUCUAUCACCACUAUUUGAAAGUGAAGAGGUUCGUGCUUAUGCUGUCAGCGUUCUUGAAAGAGCUGAUGAUGAAGAGCUCCAGUGUUACUUACUUCAACUGGUUCAAGCACUUCGGUUUGAACGCUCUGAUAAAUCUCGACUUUCUCAAUUCCUUGUACAACGUUCUUUUUGUAAUAUUGGGUUAGCUAGUUUUCUUCGCUGGUACGUUGCAGUAGAACUUCAUGACCCCACAUAUGCCAAACGAUUUUAUUCUACCUAUGAGUUUCUGGAAGAGAAUAUGAUGAAGUUGAAAGCUGGAGUGAAUCGAGAAGAAGAUGGAUUCAAGAUGUGGCAUAGUUUGGUACGUCAGACAGAAUUGACUGCCCAGUUAUGUUCAAUAAUGAGGGAUGUGAGGAAUGUACGAGGCAAUACACAGAAGAAAAUUGAAAAGCUCAGACAACUUCUAUCUGGCCUUCUUAGUGAACUUACCUAUUUUGAUGAGCCAGUAAGAUCACCGCUUACUCCAAGUAUUCUUAUCACUGGAAUUGUGCCUUCAGAGUCUUCAAUAUUCAAAAGUGCACUACAUCCAUUGCGUCUGACUUUUCGAACAGCUAAUGGUGGAACUUGCAAGAUCAUAUUUAAGAAGGGUGAUGACCUUCGGCAAGACCAAUUGGUUGUUCAAAUGGUAUCACUUAUGGAUAGGUUGCUAAAGUUGGAGAAUCUUGAUCUGCACCUAACUCCAUAUAAGGUGCUUGCUACUGGGCAAGAUGAGGGCAUGCUGGAAUUUAUACCAUCCCGUUCUUUAGCACAGAUAAUAUCAGAGCAUCGUAGCAUUAUUAGCUACCUGCAGAAGUUUCAUCCUGAUGAGCAUGGACCUUUUGGGAUUACAGCCUCAUGUCUUGAAACAUUUAUAAAAAGCUGUGCUGGCUAUUCUGUUAUCACAUAUAUUCUGGGUAUCGGAGACAGACACCUAGAUAAUCUUCUCCUCAGAGAUGAUGGGCGUUUAUUUCAUGUUGAUUUUGGUUUUAUUCUUGGCCGAGAUCCUAAGCCAUUUCCACCACCAAUGAAGCUUUGCAAAGAAAUGGUUGAAGCAAUGGGUGGAGCAGAAAGCCAGUAUUAUACGAGGUUCAAAUCCUAUUGUUGUGAAGCUUACAACAUUCUUCGCAAAUCUAGUAACCUUAUCUUAAAUCUUUUCCAUCUAUUGGCGGGUUCCAACAUUCCAGACAUAGCAUCUGAUCCUGAAAAAGGCAUCCUUAAGCUUCAGGAGAAAUUUAGGUUGGAUUUGGAUGAUGAGGCCUGCAUUCACUUUUUCCAGGAUUUAAUUAAUGAGAGUGUUAGUGCCCUGUUCCCUCAAAUGGUUGAGACCAUUCAUCGGUGGGCUCAAUACUGGCGUUAAUCCCUGUAAUUGGAUUGGGGCUGCCUACACCUUAGUAAAUGGGCAGAUUGGCUGCUAGUGUCAGGGAUGAGAUACCACCUACUCAGGAUGCAAAAGCAGUAUCCCACUAGCAGUAACAAGUUUGUAAAGUAAUUGUAUAUUAUCCGGCUUUACUCUUUUCAUAUAGGCUUGGUCUAUUUGGAUCUCACGGUGUAGCAAAAACUUUAUCUGAUGCUGGAUUACUAUUUAUACGAUAGCACGGAUUUUGUUUAACUUUCUGCCUGGAGGAUGUGCACUAGUGCUAAUCCUCAUGUAUCUAGUUGUGCUGAGCCUUCAAAUGCUCCCCUCCUGGAGACAUGGAUCGGUUUCAGAGUUUCAAAUUGUAUAUAACACUAUCUUCUCUCAAUAAAUUUGCAUCGUUUCU